GAGAUCCUGUUUGGUAUGAACGUGCGUAUUACGACCGAAGAUUUUCCAUCAAAUUUAAGAAACGAGAAAGUUGUAAUUAUCAUGAACCACAGAACGAGACUUGAUUGGCUUUACUAUUGGUCAGUGAUAUUACGUCAAGGAAAAUUGGAGAAUGAGAAGAUUAUUUUGAAAAAUGAAUUGAAACGCAUCCCUGGAGCAGGUAUAUUAUUCUUAUAACAGAUAAAUUACAUGCUUGUGAUGUUACUCUGAGUGUAUAUGCCUGCGUGAAAAUAUGCCUGGCCACGGUGGGAAUCGAACAUACGGCCUUUGGAAUACUAGCCGAAUGCUUUGCCAACUGAGCUACGCUGUCAGGUUGGUUCAAGUAUGUGAUAUUUCGGAACUGAGUCUAGUUCUUUUGUCAGAUAAAUUACAUGUAAAACAUCAGGUACACCAGUUCAAUGACUUCAUAAACAAACAUCAGAUAAAUUACAUGUUACCAGUUCAAUGACUUAACUAAAUGCUGCAGGUUUUUUGCAGGCCUUGCAAUAAUGAAAUGUUUAUUGCAUUCAGAAUGAAAAAAAAAGAUGAUUGCACAUCAAAGCACACCAGGGGCAGAACUGGGCUGAUUUGUUAGAGGCGGUGGAGAUUUUCCAGAGGGGUUACAUUACUACAGGAGUACAGGGGCAUUCUCCCACAGAACAUUUUUGAAAUUUCAAUUUCGUGCAUUCUGAGCACUGUUUAUUCGUUAAAUUUGCCCUCACAGUACUUGUAUUUCGGGCAAAAAUUAAGAAAAGUGCUACGUUAUAUGGCGACCUGCUGUAUUAAUUGGUGCUUGAAUAUUUUCUCGCGUAUUUGAAAAUCAGUCGUUUCAAUAUAAUAAGUAGUAUUCACUACUCAAAUAUGGAAUACCAGAGUUUUCUUCAAGGGGGUGCUGGAUAUCACUGGGGGGGGGGGGGUGCACAACCCCUUGCACCUAGAACAGUUCAGAAUUGAUAGAGUUAUCCAGUACUGUAUUUGUCAUCACCAGAGCAGUGUAUAUAAAUGACAUUGCUUUUAUGCCAGCAAAGAAAUAUAGAAAAUUAACACUUUUAUUGCCUAUAUCAUAUAGUGUAAUGGAGCUUGCCUGGCAUCCUGUCAUUUGCAACAUUGCUUGGACAAAUGUACUCAGAACUUUACUCCUAUAAUUGCAUAUUAUACUCUUGUAAUUCUUCUGCACUAUAUCAUAUUUCACUAAUCACUUUUAAUUUCAGUUAAAACUUGAUAUAUUUAUUGAAUAACCCAGCAGCCUGUUCCAUUUAAUGAAGUGUGAAGUGCUUUCUGUUUAACCCAAUGAGUGGCAUAAUAUCAACCUUUCAGUACAUUUUACUGAACUUAUGGUACAUUGUAGUCACUACGUGUCUUCUGAUUGGCCAGUAGCUUACAACUAAAUAUGGAAAUCACGCAACCUUAAGACAUAACUCAGUUAUCUUCUAGCAGAUAACUGAGUUACGUGUAGGUUGAGCCCAUGGUAUGUAAUUUUAUAGCAAACUGCAGUUUUAAAUACACAAAUAAAAACAAGCGAAAACAACAUGAACGAACAGCGUUUUUGUGAAUUGUUUGUGUAAAAAGCCUUUUUAUCAGAACUUUUAAUUAAGGUGCAUGGAUGAGAUUUAUAUUAUAUUUUUGCUGUUAUUGUGAUAUCUUAAAUCGUUUCAACCUUUUUGAGAACCAAACUUUGUUUAGUGCGACGAAUCAUUGUGAUUAAUGGAAUGGAAUGUAUAAUAAAACUGUUAAUGAAUUUGGUUUGUGUGAUUUCCAGAAAUUAUCAAGGUCUCGGUAAGUAUUAUCAAUCUCGCCUUCGGCUUGAUCACAAUGGCUUAAUUGACUGAUGACACAUACCUCGAUCUUGAUAAUUCUGGAUAUCACAAAAAGUUAAAAACCUCAUCCAUAUUAUUAUUAUCACUCCGUUUCAUUAAAGCUACUCGGUAUAUACGAGCAAGUUGAUGAAUUUGUUAAACACACUGUAUAUACAUGUACUAAAUUAUAUUUUGCACAGCAUGGAAUACACAAAAGUACUUUAAAAUUCCUGUUAUAAGUGAAAACUCGUACUCAAAACUGUCAAUAGCGAGCUUAAGAUCUACAACGCGAACUUACGACGCGGACGUCGCAUUAAACAAGUUUUAUUUUAAAACAAUGGCAAAUACCAUUAAAAUAUUUUUAUCACAGUAAAUAAAAUGAAAUUAUACUGGAAAAAAUGUACAACAUAACAGAGGCUAGAGAAGAUGUUUUUUAUCAUAAGUUUUUACGACUUCUAUGACGACGAAUCUUUGCAAAUAUCACGUCGUCUCGGAUGGUAGUUUUGUCGGGAAAAUGUGCAUUCGUAACAAUGUGCAUUCUGGUUUCUAUUAUUUCGUAUGGCUGUUAACGUGUCAUAACAGUGUCACAAAUCUCGCAGAAAUAAACUGUGACAACUCUGACUAGGCUUAUACUCGAAAACUAUGCUUAGGUAAGCACGUCCGCGUCACAAAUUGGCUUUGUAGAUCUUAAGCUCCCUAUUAAUCCACUAGGCGAACUUAUUCGCGUGAAGCGAAAAACAAAUUUCGGCAAUGUGACUGGUCAGCGAACAAAUUCGCCGCAAAAAGUUGCAUCAGUUCCGCCUUUAUAUAUAGGGACCUUAAGUUUGGUAAUAUUUAAAAUUUUUAUACUAUACGUCCGAAGUAAUAAAUUUUGCGCAGAUUUUUCAUUAAGAUACAUCUAAGAUGUCUAAGCUGUCAUCUUCUUUUGACAUGUAUGCUUCAUAUCCGGUGGUUGGUUCCUAGUUUUGCGUUUCUGUUCGAAAUCAUUAAUUGGAACGUGAAGCUAGAUUACGUUUUAAGAAUUUAUUGAUUUAGUAAUACUAGAAAAGCUUUUGAAUAAGCAGCGUGUGUUUAUUUCUGACACAGCAUCACGCUGUAUUUCAAAUAGUUUCUUUAACAAUAACAAACAUAUAAUUAUAAAACAUGCACUGACAUCUCACUGUGUGUAAAUAACAUCAAUAUAUAUACAUCACGGUCACAGAAUAGAGAGCAUCCAGAAGUCCGACUCAUGCAAAAGUCUAACCGUCGCUAUAUGCCAUGAUUCACAAUGAUUCGUCAUCAAAAUGCACUCGCUAUGUUCCUAGCUAGUGCGCUUAUGAGAGGAAUUCACCCCCCUGAACGCCACCACUUUGAAUAUUUUCUGGGGGUGAAUGUCUCUCAUAAGCAGACUGCUUAGGAACAUGGCGAAAAUCAACGGUUACGCCAAAAUCGGCUAUGUCAGACUCAUAGGCAGGGCUGGAUGUAGAGAAAAAAACAUGGUCUGCCAGUCUAACAUUUUUUGGCAGAUGAAAUAAAUUUUAGCCUGCCAUUUUUAUUCACUGAACUGCCAAAAUGGCGAUGUCUCAUAUGAGUCAUAUUGUAAAAAUCAAUGUUUUCAUGAUAUGCAUUUUUAUUGUUUUUAAACUUGUCUAUUUUAUUACAGUGAACUUGGAUUUACAUUUCAAAUAUAAACGUAUUUAGUCAACUGAAUGAUCUAGUAUAGGUAUAUGAGUUGUGGUAAGCAAAUGCCAAAUGAAAUGAAAUAUAUCUAUAUAGAAUUUCACCUGCCAUUUUGUUUUUACUUUGAAAUUUAUUUUUGCAUGCCAUUUCUAAAAUAUGGCCUGCUUUUGGCCAUUGGCAGCCCGCUAUUUCGAGCCCUGCUCAUAGGCAAAACCAAGACUAGUAUAGCAUUGCUUGAUUGAAGAAAUGAAAUACCUCACUAAUGGCAAUGAAACAUGGAAAUGAAAGUCUAUAAAAAAUUUUUGGGAAAGUUUAUGAAAUACUUUAAAUUAACACUCGUGCUUGGAAUGAGGAAACUAUAAAUUCAAAAUGACAGGAAAAAAAUAUUAUUAAAUAUAUCUUAAGCUUUUAGUUCCGGUAUUUCUGAGGAAGAAAAUCAUAAAUGAAAAAAGUAUUAUAUAUACAUUCACAUAUGUUUCUAUUUUUCUAUUCGAAAAUAUUCUUCACGGCUUCUCUGAAACAGGUACUUCGCCGAAAAACAAGGCAAGGAUUCAACAGAGAGUUUAGAUACAUUAAUGUAAUCGCCAACGACCAUAAAACCCCGUACGUAUUAUGACCAAGUGUCGAAGCAUUUAGAAAAUUUUUGAAGAUAGAAAUGCACAAACUCAAAAAGUAACAUGCCAGAAGGCUUAGAAUAAUGGCGAAUGCGGUUAUUGUUGAUCGCAAGAUCUUCUUUUGUGUCAUAUUCUGACUGCUUGCAGGAGAUUGAGUGGUUUGAAUUGCCUUUCGAUGUCGGGCAAUGAGUUUAUAUGUCCAACACCAGGUAAAAACUACAGUGAUGAUUGCUAAGCCAAGAAUACAAAGCGCUCCGUAUAAAACAAAGUUGUAAUGUUGAAAAAUAGUCAGAGUUUUUAGCGAAAUGAGAAGCCAAGAAAGGACAAAAACUAAAUUCAAACGAAACUUUGUAAUUAUGCUUUGCCAACGAUACGGAUAAGCCAAGGUUAUGUAACUUUGCAAGCUAAGAAUAACUAUUGUUACCAGUGAUAGUUCCAAAAACAAGAACAAUAAUAUGGAUUCAAGUCCCCAUAGAAUGCAAUUAUGGUUGUCCAGCAAACCAGUUAAGAUGGCGCCCACAAAUACCGGUUCACAAAUAGCAGUUACGCCAAUAUCUGUGAUGGCAAGCAGCAAGAAGAUUUUGUUCUGAACUGUUCGCAGACGAGGGCUACGAUAGUAAGCCAUUAUGACGAGACCGUUGGCCAGCGUUCCAAAGAGAGAUAUAAAGAUAUUUAUCAUCGCCAGAACAGCUUGCAAUGACAUUGCUUUUAUGCCAGUAGUAAAAUAUAGAAAAUUAACACUUCUAUCGCGUAUAUCGCAUAGCGUAACAGAGCUUGUUGGAAACCCCGUCAUGCUCGAUGUUUCCUUCCUUCAAAAUUUACUCAGAACGUACUUCACCCUAAUUCUUUUAAAAUCAUUGUAAGCUGCAUGCAAUACACUAUGUCAUUUAUAACUCCAACGUAUGCAAAAUAUUGUUCCUUUUAAUUAAGUGUACAGCGCCUUCUUAAUAUUAAUCUUUUAGUAUACUUUUUAAUCCUUAUACUCCGUAUCAUUAAAAGUACGAGCAAAUUAAUGAAUUUGUUAUUAAAGUACUACUGUAUAUUUGCAACAUGAGCGGUCAUGUUGUAUCGGAUGUACAAUAGCUUGUGAAACGUCUUGAUGAGAAUAUUCGGUGUAUUCUUCAACAAUUUAGAAUAAAUGAAUAAUAUUUGGCGACAAAAUUAUUGUGCUUAAAAUUUAUGUUUUUUGGUGAUUUUUUUUGGUGAUUUUUUAUUUUCACGGAAUUUUUAUUUUUUUGAAAUAAAAAAUUUCCCCAUUCUCUUUUAUAAUUUUUUUCCCAAUAAUACUUAUUUCUUCAAAUUUUUUAGGUAUUUUUUUGUCUUUUUCUCUCACUCUUAUGACUUAUGACUUAAAACUACUUUUGACCGAACAAACGAAAGGGUAAAGUAGAAAUAACCUCGGAACUUGAUUUUUUUAUUUUGAUUUUUUUUUGUGAUUUUUCUGAAGGUGUACGUGAUUUAAAUCAGUGAUUUGCCCCUCGUAAAUCAGCAUGGUUUUGUAUCAGAUUUACAAACUACUUCACGAUCAUGAUUUCUUUUGUGUUUUCUGUAUAAUUAUUAAUGCGUUUCACAAGUACUAUUUAAAACACGAGUAGGAGUGAACACAAUAACACUGAACCAAUUAUAAGGUAUAGCUCAGAGAUAGCUCUUAUACUGGACAUCAGUAAGAGAAGAACAGUUUAUAGAAAAGCCAUCCAGUAUAACCUACUUAUCACCAGUGCUCUCCCCUCUGGCGUUGGGCAGAGUGAAAUAUAAUAAAGUAGGGAGCAUGUAUUAGGGCUUUUUGCAACUUAAUGGGUUAACCUAAAUUACCUAAUUAAGUGGCAAUGUGCCCUGAUGUGCCCCACUUUAUUAUUUUACUCUGCAUGUUCAACGCUAGAUGAUUUUACUCGUCAAGGGGAGAGCACUGGCGUUCAAUGCAUGGGUUAAUCAGACUGCCCAUGAUGUCUAGGGGGGUCUCCUUUUGAAAGGAGAGUGCUGGCACUCAAUGGGUUAACUAGACAGAAAAUUGUAUUAUAUUAUUCUUUUUAAUUUAUUGACAAAUAUAUCUCACACCAGAGCUAAAAUUAUUCUAUUGACUUUUUCCAACGCUACUUAAAAAUCGCGACUCAUUCUGACUUUAAAAUAGAUAAUUUUGUUCAUAUUUUACAAUUUCGCAUUUAAGCAAGCUUUUCACAUCUAAAAUCACUAAGGUGUUAUUCAUACUGAAAAUUAAUCAUCAAAAUGCACUCGCUAUGUUCCUAGUGAGAGGCAUUCACUACCCAUCUUGUUGUAGGCCGGAGAAUGGCGAAUUUCUCCAGCGCUAAGAAGAUAUUUGACAGCUAUUCGCGAGAGGCUGUGUGUAAUUCGCCAGUACUGCAGGCACGACAAGCUGAAAUUUUUAGCCCUGUCUUGCACUCGGACAAUAUAUCAAAUAAACAAAGCUUGCAAGCCUUUGCCCACCACCCAACUCACAGCGCCCUUGAAGCCUCGACCUUCCAUUCCUUGCAUACUCCCUUCACUCAUCAAUUAAUAGCCGGAACCUCAGUAGAGCAAAACAGUAUUGGCCAUACCCAAAUUAUUAUUAAGCAGGACUUCAACACCCCCCUGAACGUCCACCACUUUGAAUAUUGUUUGGGGGUGAAUGCCUUUCAUAAGCAGACUGGCUAGGAACGUGGCGAAAAUCAACGGUUACGCCAAAAUCACAGGCAAAACCAAGAAGUAGCAUUGCUUGAUUGAAGAAAUGAAAUACCUCAUCAAUGUAACAUGGAAAUGAAAGUCUGUAAAAUUUUUUUUACUUUAAAUUAACACUCAAGCAAUGAGGAAACUAAAUUCGAAAUGACAGGAAAAAGUUAUUAUUAAAUAUAUCUUAAGCUUUUAGUUCCGGUAUUUCUGAGGAAGAAAAUCAUAAAUGAUAACAUCUUAUGUAUAUACAUUCACAUAUGUUUCUACUUUUCUAUUCGAAAAUAUUCUUCACCGCCUCUCUGAAACAGGUACUUCGCCAAAAAACAAGGCAGGGAUUCAACAGAGAGUUUAGAUACAUUAAUGUAACCGCCAACGACCAUAAAACCCCGUACGUAUUAUGACCAAGUGUCGACGCAUUUAGAAAAUUUUUGAAGAUUGGAAAGCACAAACUCAAAAAGUAACAAGCCAGAAGGCUUACAAUAAUUGCGAAUGCGGUUAUUGUUGAUCGUAGGAUCUUCUUUUGUGUCAUAUUCUGACUGCUUGCAGGAGAUUGAGUGGUUUGAAUUGCCUUUCGAUGUCGGGCAAUGAGUUUAUAUGUCCAACACCAGGUAAAAACCACAGUGAUGAUUGUUAAGGCAAGAAUACAAAGCGUUCCGUAUAAAACAAAGUUGUAAUGUUGAAAAAUAGUCAGAGUUUUUAGCAAAAUGAGAAACCAAGAAAAGACAAACACUAAAUUCAAACGAGACUUUGUAAUUAAACUUUGCCAACGAUACGGAUAUGCCAAAGUUAUAUAACUUUGCACGCUAAGAAUAACUAUUGUUACCAGUGAUAGGUCCAAGAACAAGAACGAUAAUAUGGUUUCAAGUCCCCAUAGAAUGCAACUAUGGUUGCCCAGCAAACCAGUUAAGAUGGCGCCCACAAAUACCGGUUCACAAAUAGCAGUUGCGCCAAUAUCUGUGAUGGCAAGCAGGAAGAAGAUUUUGUUCUGAAUUGUUCGCAGGCGAGGGCUACGAUAGUAAGCCAUUAUGAUGAGACCGUUGGCCAGUGUUCCAAAGAGAGAUAUAAAGAUAUUUGUCAUCGCUAGAACAGCUUGUAAUGAUAUUGCUUUUAUGCCAGUAGGAAAAUAUAGAAAAUUAACACUUCUAUCGCGUAUAUCGCAUAGCGUAACAGAGCUUGUUAGAAACCCCGUCAUGCUCGAUGUUUCCUUCCUUCAAAAUUUACUCAGAACAUACUCCACCGUAAUUCUUUUAAAAUCAUUGUGAGCUGUAAGCAAUAUACUAUAUCAUUUAUAACUCCAACAUAUGCAUCAGUUUGUUCCUUUUAAUUAAGUGUACAGCGCCUUCUUAAUAUUAAUCUUUUAUAGUAUACUUUUUAAUUAUUGUACUGCGUUUUAUUAAAAGUACGAGCAAAUUAAUGAAUUUGUUAAGUACUAUAUUUGCAACAUGCAAUGAGCGGUCAUGUAACUCAUGUUGUGUCGGAUGUACAAUAUCUUGUGAAACGUCUUGAUGAGAAGAUUCGACGUAUUCUUCAACAAUUUAGAAUAAAUGAACUAUAUUUGGCGACAAAAUUAUUGUGCUUAAAAUUUAUGUAAAUCAGCGAGGGGCAAAUCACUCCUAAAAAGUGUACGAGAUCAAAAAAUCAUCUGAUUUUGUUGGUGAUUUUUUAUUUUCACGGAUUUUUUAUUUUUUUGAAAUAAAUUUCCCCAUUCUCUUUUAUAUAUUUUUUCCCAAUAAUACUUAUUUCUUCAAAUUUUUUAGGUAUUUUUUUGUCUUUUUCUCUUACUCUUAUGACUUAUAACUACUUUUGACCGAACAAACGAAAGGGUAAAGUAGAAAUAACCUCGGAACUUGAUUUUUUUAUUUUUGUGAUUUAAAAAUUUUUUAGUUGAUUUUUUAUUUUGAUAUUUUGUGUGAUUUUUCUGAGGGUGUACGUGAUUUAAAUCAGUGAUUUGCCCCAGAUUACAAACUACUUCACAGUCAUAAUUUCUUUUGUGUUUUCUGUAUAAUUAUUAAUGCGUUUCACAAGUACUAUUUAAAACACAAGUAGGAGUAAACGCAAUAACACUGAACCAAUUAUAAGGGAUAGCUCAGAGAUAGCUCUUAUACUGGACAUCAGUAAGAGAAGAACAGUUUAUUAGAAAAGCCAUCCAGUAUAACCCACUUAUCACCAGUGCUCUCCCCUCUGGCGUUGGGCAGAGUGAAAUAUAAUAAAGUAGGGAGCAUGUAUUAGGACUUAAUUCAACUUAAUGGGUUAACCUAAAUUACCUAAUUAAGUGGCAAUGUGCCCUGAUGUGCCCCACUUUGUUAUUUUACUCUGUUCAACGCUAGAUGAUUUUACUCGUCAAGUGGAGAGCACUGGCGUUCAAUAGGUUAAUCAGACUAUCUGCCCAUGAUGUCUAGUUAACCCGUUGAGUGGCAGCACUCUCCUCUUGAAAUCAUCUGGUGCUGGACAAUAACAAAGUAGGGCACAUUGCCACUUCAUUAGGUUAGCCCAUAGUUAAGUUGCUCAUGGUCAUUAUUUUAGGUUGGGCAAUGCAGAUAGCAAUGUUCAUAUUUCUGAAGCGAAAUUGGGACAAAGAUGAGAAAUAUCUUCAUCAAAUCCUGCAUUAUUUCACAGACACAAACUACCCACUACAACUCUUGAUUUUCCCCGAAGGCACGGACUACGACACGCACUCAGUGACCAAGAGCACGUCUUACGCAUUGAAAAACAACUUGCCAAUAUACAAACACGUCCUGCACCCAAGACUACGAGGCUUCACAUAUUGCGUCGAACAACUACGAUCACGUCAUGGCAUUGAUGCCAUAUACGAUGUGACUGUUGGUUACCAUGGUAACAUAUGUCAAUCGGAGUCUGAUCUAGCAAUGGGGAAUUUCCCGCAACAUGUACAUUUUCAUAUGAAGCGGCAUCCAAUUACUACCGUCCCAGAAUCCACCGAGGGACUGGAAAAAUGGUGCACAGAAAAAUGGACGGAAAAGGAAGCGACGUUAGCUCGAUUCUAUAAAGAUGGAAGAUUUGUUCCAGAGCAGGAAGAGAAAUCGAUGAUAGUUGAUGAUUCGAGUAUUCGAUAUCAAAUGAUCUUCUGGAUUGUUUAUUGGAUAACUUUUCUAUGUGUUGUGUUCAUGCUGUUGUAUAAUUUCUGGUGGGUUCGAUGGUAUACAGUGAUCGUAGGCACCAUAUUUUUCCUACAGUCUGGUUAUGGUAGUGGGUUUGAAAUGCUACAAGUGAAGAGACAUGUGUUAACGACAAAUAAUGACAGUCAGAACAAUUAUUCACACAGUGAAUAUAGCCAACAGAACAUGCAAAAUGGCAUUGGUAAAAACACGCUUCGCGAAGCAAAAGAUAGGAAAAGAUCAUGAUGGUCAAGGCCAAAAAUCUUGCCCCAUAUACGUCUUAUAUGAUUGAGAUUUAAGGCAAUGUACAAUUGCAAAAAUAAUCCCAAAAUGACGCAGGAUUAUUAGUUUGAAUAACUAAUCAAUUUUGCUCGGACUAGCUUCAAUUUGCAAAUGAAAUUCUUAAGAAAAUUAUUGAUUUCCUCAACGAGUAUAACAAAUAUAGGAUAGACAAUGAUCACAUGUGUUCAGUGGGAUAUAGACUCCGGACCAUGAAGAUAUGAUGGUCUGGAAACCAAACAGAAGUCAUUGUAUUAUGUUUUUGUCCGCGUUUAUGUUAAUUUGUGCAUGCACGGUCACGGUGAUUGAGCUCAUUGUAUGUUCGUAUAAUUACGUAAUCGUCCAAUAGGGAUAGCUGAGAUGAAACGUGCAACCACGAUGAAUAAUAUUUAAUGAAGUUGAGACAAAGGAUUUGUGCAUGGUGAGGUACAGUUCAACAUCAAACAAAGCUCUUCUAUUUUGUAGCUUUGAAGUUUGCCAGGCUUCCAUGCAGACCAUCAUGUCUUAAUAGAUUGUGCUCCUGAGAAUUGGCAAUUCCAGCUUCUAGUUUAUGCGUGCAGGGGACGAUGGGAAGUAAGGUAUCACAUUGCUGAUUAUGCUGAAAAAAUAAAAAAUGGUGGCCGUGUAAACACGGAGUGAUAGCUUAUACUUGUAAAUAUUGAAAUAUUUCGGUUGUUUUUAUUGAAAUUUUUCAGCAUAAUCGGCAAUAUGAUACCUUACUUCCCAUCAUUCCUUCCCUGCAGCCAUAAACUAAAAGCUGGAAUUGCCUAUUAGUUCGGCCCAAUUGGCCGUCUAAUUAAUUUGAGGGAGUCUGUAUCCCAGAUCAUUGUCUGUCCGACUUAGAACAUGAUCACAUCCACGAAGAAUUAUUUGUGUAUUUUUUAUUACAUGUUUUUAUCGAUUAACACUCGCAGCGAGUUUGUUGAAAUGAUUAGUAUUCUCUAUAUACUGUAGAGUAUACUAAUAAGGCUUUGUUUUGCUUUGUUUAUCUUAAAAUAGAGCAUACUAAAAGCCAGGGGGAAAUAUAUGGUCGUAAAGAUUAAGUCACGAUCUUUCUCAUCAGCCUAAAUACAACAUUUUAAUUUAGAACUGAAAAUACGAUGAGUGAUUAGAACUAGAGAAUACUUAUGGUUUUUAUGUGGUUCACAGGUAUAAACUAUUAUAAACUGGCCGUUGAGAAAGAUCGUGACUCUAUUUUUACCUCCAUAUGGAAACCAGGCUUAAUGAAUCACAUGAACUCACUGUAAUUGUCGCUAUGAGACAGUUCAUCAGAUAUAGACCGCUGAAAUACCGAGUUCUGAGUGGGUGUGGUCAUGUUCUAACUCCCCUAACUGUUCCCCUAACCCUACCCUAUCUAACUGUUCUAACUUCAUGCCCUUUCACUGGUUAGACCUUUGCAAAGUCAUUUUCUUUUUUGAAAGUUUAGGAAGGGAACGAACGGGAGGUGAAAAACGGAGAUGCAUAAUGGACCAUUUGCAUUAUAGACUAAAUUUUGAUCUUGACAAGUCGAGACAUUUCAUUACAGCUUGAAAGAGCAUCACAAAAUUAGUAAUCUUCCAAAGUUUCGUGGCGAAAUGUUGUAAAAUGCGGAUAAUAUAGCCUUGCGAAGUUUGCCGUUUUUCAGUCAUUUUGUAUUACAAAUGGGAAAUUGACAUCCCAAAGGGUAUUGGGCUGACAAUUUCCCCCCACGUAAUGCAAAAUGACUGAAAAACGGCAAACUUCGCAAGGCUAUAUUAUCCGCAUUUUACAACAUUUCGCAACGAAACUUUGGAAUAUUACUAAUUUUGUAACGCUCUUUCAAGCUGUGAUGAAAUUUGUGUCUAGCCUUGUUUAGGUCAAAAU